UCGCCCGUAGUGUUUGAGUGUGUGUGCGACGUGCCUUUUGAUGGACUGCCAUCCAGGGAGGUCCCUCGCUGUGCUUCUUCCUGCGACAGGCUCCAAGCUCACCUCAACGCUGUACUGGAUAUGAUAUAGUAGAUGAAGCAUGAACGUUGUAAAUUAUAGCGACAUAAAAAGCCUCCAGCAUCUGUAAUGUGAGCCUUUCCUGUCUUCUUCUAGAAGACAAACCAAGGCAGAAGCAAGAUUUUUUUUAAUACCCAAGAAAAGAGUGCUUCAAGACGCGUCCGUCGGUCAUCUUUGCGAAGAAGUGUGGCUGUGCGUGAACCACACACGCACACACCCCCACGCUCGCGUCCGGGACUCCUGGAGGAACAGCUGCUGUUCGAUUCCUCUGGAGCCGACAGCCUCUUCCUCUUGGUGAGAGUCUGAUUUACAACAUGGCCAAAAAACACAGCCCCAAGGAAACCUCAGAUGUGGUGUUUGAUACGCACUCGAAAAUGGUGAUGUCACAAGGAGGCACAUUUGGGAGAAUGAAGGAGAAGAUAAAUGCUGUGCGAGCUGUGGUCCCCAACAGGAGCAACAAUGAGAUCGUCCUGGUGCUGCAGCAUUUUGAGAAUUGCGUGGAUCAUGCUGUGCAGGCCUUCGUGGAAGGAAGUGCUGCUGAAAUCCUGAAAGAAUGGAAUGUAACAGGAAAGAAAAAGCCCAAGAAGAAAAAGAAACCGAAACCGCAGACGGGGGGUCAGGCGGAUUCCGUCCAGACCGAAUGCACGUCUCCGUCUGACGGCAAGGAUGCGGUGAAUGGUCUCCACGGCAACGGCUCCGGGCUCGACGGAGACUCUGCAGACUCCCUCAGCGAGCAGCUGGAUUCCGCUUCUCUGGACACGGUUGAGCUGGACUGCAGGUCCGCCGUGUCUGAGCUCACAGAACCGGCUCCAGGCACAGAUAUGGAUUUCAAAGGCAUUGCACCAAACCCAGCCUCUGGAGAUGGCCAGGGGGGUCAGCGUGGCAAAGCCGGGCUGAGGCCUCUGGGAAGCAAGGCCCGGUUCACAGCAGGCUGCAAUUUCCAGCCAGCAUCUUUAUCUGCCUCGCCCUCUGCAGAGAAUGGUCAGAACGCCAGCGCCGUCAACAAGAAAAUCGCGCCAAACAUUGACAAGUCUGUGAAGGACCUGCAUCGCUGCACGGCAUCACUCACUCGUUACAGGGUUGUGGUGAAGGAUGAGAUGGACUCUUCCAUCAAGAGGAUGAAGCAGACCUUCUCCGAGCUGCAGAGCUGUCUUAUGGACAGAGAGGUGGCCCUGCUGGAGGAAAUGGACAAAGUCAAAGCAGAAGCCAUGGCUAUACUGGACGCCCGGCAGAAGAAAGCGGAGGAUCUCCGGCGACUGUCAGAACAAUCAGCUUCCAUGACGGAGGAGCAGCUCGGCGAACUCCGUGCGGAUAUCAAGCACUUUGUGAGCGAGCGAAAGUACGACGAGGACCUGGGAAAGGCCGUCAAAUUCACCCAUGAUCUGGAGUCUCUCAGAAAAAGUAUCAUGAGCUUUGGACAAGUCUAUCACCCCCAGACAGGCUACUCCAGCCGCUCGCUCUGCAGUUCAGCCUCGUCCCCCCCGGUCGGAUCGGCCAAACCAGGGAUGCAGGUCCUUCCCCAUGCUGCAGCCCAGCCGCUCAGGCCGGCUCAUCAAAGCGGCGUUCGGCCAGUCCAGGGUCUGGCUCAGCAGUCUGGAGCCCAAAGCAUAAAUGGUGGGCCACACCCAGACCGGAACCUCAGUCGGCCUAACUACCGCAACCAGAACAAUCGUGGGCAAAUAACAGCCCCCAGCAGUGCCUCUCAUCCCGCUCCGCUUACCCACGGCGCCAGGGACAGUUUGGUGCAUGCCACCACAUCUGUGCCCCGGCAUUUCAACACCACUCCAAAUGGGCUACCCCAAAGACGACCACGGGAACACCGCCCUUGACAUCCAACCUCCACUCAAAUUCACAUUAGGCCUGAUGAAAAAUCAGUUACAUUUAAUCCAUGUUUUGUAUGUCUGUGUGUGUUCGCUCUCUCGUCACGUUAAGUUUACUUUGAAUCUUCCUUCGCUUCGCUGUGGUCCUCCUUCCUGUAGCUGUAGUCUAUCUGCAGUCUGUCCCAUGACAGCUAGCACGUUUCUGUUGGCACCGGCAGUUUCUUAAACGUCUCUAUUUCACGUUUGCUUUGUUUUUCUUGGGGGGGGGGAGGGGGAUGUGUUCCCUUGUCAGCUCUCGAUUCUAGUUAACAGCUGUUGAGCAUCGCAGGGCUGUGUGGUCAGGCUCUGUUUUUCUGGAGGAUAUAUAUCGAGAUUAUAUGAUGUGGGGUGGGGGGUUCACCUCCCAGGGAAGAAAUGCAUGGAGGGAAACUCUGUAGAAAUAUAAUCACACUCUGUAUCCUUUUUAAUUUUUUUUUAUUUUCUCUCUGUGUUUUGAGGCGAAUGUUUAUGCAAGAGGCAGAAGUCUAUGAGGUGCCAGUCAUUCAGAUCUGAAGGCAAAUCUGAUAUGACCAGGAAAUGCUGAAGGAAGUAUUUCCAGGGCGGUUGCGUGAUGCAUGAACUCGUAUUGGACACGGCUUUCCCUUUAUGGAGCCACUUGUACCUCCACGGUUUAAAAUAUAUUUGUGCUCCAUCAAUAAUUGCUGUCAAUGUACUGAUACCUUUAAUACUUUUAAAUGAAUGUAAUUGAUUACUGUUCUUAUUCUGAGGCUUAAUUGGAGACGAUCCUUGGUCAUGCAUGUUUGAACUGGGAUGACCUUUUUUUUUCCCCCCUUAUUGCAACACCAUCCUUGUUUCUACCAUGUUUGUGUUUCCUCUAUGAAAAGGUUCAGCUUCUACUACUUAAGUCUCGUAAAUGCAUUUCUGCAUUUCACUUGCUUCAGCUGUGAGUCUCAAUCAGUUAUUACUAAUAAGUGCUCACUAUUGCAUAUCCUAUAUGAUAUUGCCUUUUGUACUUUGCGAAAAAAAAACCUUUUUUGUGAUUAUAGCCUUGUAUCAAAAUUUUAUAGCUUAGGUUAGAAGAUGGCUAAUUACAUGACUUCUGAUUGUCCAUUAGAUGUUGCCGCUAACCUUCUUUGGACAGGGUGGCAGAAGUAAAAGCUUGAUGUUGGGGUCGGGUGACUUUAGAGUUUCACAUUUUACUUGAGCAUUUCAAAGUAAAAUGGAGGAUGGAAUGGCGUCUGUGAUAAGGGUUUUCUGCCCCUAUGCCUCAGUGUCGUUUUGGGACAAAUGCAUUUUGAAAAACAUUCAUGUCUCUGGUGACUCUUCCUAUGAAGUCAGCAGUCGGAUUGGAAGAGCAUGGGGGGGAUGAGGUCACUGGAAAGGGGUGUGUGGUGCUCCUGGUAUCUUUGCAAGAGGAUGACGGUCCAGGUCUUUAGAGUCCCGGUGCUCCCUGUCUUGCUGUAUGGCUGUGAGAAAUGGACGGUAUGCAGUGAGCUGAGACGAAGACUGGACUCCUUCAGUACCGUGCCUCUUCGGAGAAUCCUUGGGUACCGCUGGUUUGACUUUGUGUCGAACAAGCGUUUGCUAGAGGAGUCCUGAAUGAGGCACAUUACCUGCAUUGUGAGGGAGUGUCAGUUACGGCACUACGGCCAUGUGGCGCGUUUCCCUAAGGGUGAUCCGGCUCGCAGGAUCCUUGUUGCUGAGGAGCCAAGCGGCUGGACCAGGCCGAGGGGACGCCCACGUAACACCUGGCUGCGGCAGAUGGAUGGCCAUUUCUGGAGGGUGGGACUGGACCGUGUAUCUGCCUGGGGGAUCACCGGCCGGGAUCCCUAAGAGUUUUGCUGUGUGGUGUGUGCGGCAAUGCGCUGCAUCAGUGCAUGCUCCCUGACCUGACCUGUAGACAAUGAAUAGUAUCCCAUUAAAUUAAUGUAAAUAUCAGUAGGUUUUUCUUAUGGUUUUGAAUAUCACUAUAUUACAAGGCCAACAUGUACUAUGUGAACUAUUGUAUAAUAUUGUUGGAGAUGUAACAAUUAGACUAAAGUUAAAGUGGAGUUUGGUUUAAACAAAUUAAUAUUCGGCACAAACAUCUUUUGACAUUCUGUAAGAAUGACAUGAGUGAAUUCACCCGUUAUUGGGUUUGGCUGUAACUUGCAUGUCUGAAUUUUAUUGUAUGUUGGUUCUGAACCUGUCCAGAUGGUAACUACUUCUGAUUAUGUUCUUGGCUCCUUAUGUGUAAAACUGUAGGCUUGCAAAUAUGCAAACAAUGACCUUAUUUGUGGGUAGCAAUGGCUUGGGCUCUAGAUAUGCAGUCAGAGGAUGUCCUGUUAGCAGUCAUUGGAUAUUAACAACUUUGAUGUGGAUGUGUAGGUGGUAAAGUGUUCUGGACAGAUUUGAACUUAAUUCUGAAGCGAGACAAUUUCAUUAGACACGGCUUGUCGUCUGGUCUUUGCUGCCACUUUAGCCUUACCUCCUACUUCUCUCUCAGUGAACUCUUCCUGUUUCCUGCUGCGUCCUUUCAAAUGCUGGACUGGUGGAUGGGUGUGUACGUUAUCAAGCUGCUGCACCAAAUGUUUGGACUUGAUUUCCUUUCGAAGUUAAACAUACUCAUUCUAUGCCUUAGAGCCACUUUAAAAGGUGCUUCUUGUCUGCACUGCUACAUCAAACUGGAUGAGAGGUCGGUUUUAAAAUAAAACCUGUAGUAGACUUCGCUCAAUUAGGCCACACAUUUCUGCUAAGGAACGCCAUUCCCCAAAGAAACCACAUUCAGUCUGAGUUACUGCCUUUGUGAGCAGCUUCACUUUCAUUUAUUUUCAUAUGAACUUUUUUUCUAAAGGACAAAUUGUGUAAUGAGUACAGUAGAAUUAGUGUUUGGUAAAUCAAACCUCUUUUCAAAUGUUAAAUAUAAAUGUUUUUCCUCCAAUGACUUUGUAUGUAUGAUAUUUCUUUGAAAAUGUACAUAAGCGACACCGACAAGGGGCUUAGACAACCUGGACUGUUUUUGUAUCUACAGUAGAUAUUUGUGCAGAUUCCUCUGCACUUGAGCGGUUUAGCAAACCCCACGUUUUGGCUGAACAUCUGUUGUGUUUCCAGACCGGCCUCUUGGAGACAGAGCGUUACACGUGAAGUGCCUUGGUCUUCUCAUUUCACUCCUUACUCCCACUAUAUGGAAUAUGGACCAAAGAAACUUGACCUCCCCCUCCCGCUGCCACUUGACCUCAAAGCUCAAUUACGAGCUAUAAGCACACCCUCUCUGACCUGCUUCAUUUACUAUAAAUAAAACUCUUCGCAAAUAAAA